UCUCCUCGCACCUCUUUCACUCACAGUAUGGAUAGAGCAGGCUGUGCAGGCACAAGUUACCGAGAAGAUGCUGGCCCUGAAUAUCCAUCUGCUUUUGUGGGUAUUUGGCUGCGUUCAUUUUAUAGAUGCUGAGAACAACAUAAAUGCAUCUCUCACUAAAGAAGAUACUACGGCCACGCCACGAAUCACAGCCAGCGUCACAGCAGCUAUUGUUUCCUCACCAUCGCCAGUCCCUACAGGCCAGAACCACAGCUCAGGGAGGCUGCUACAGGUGGCUAGAAGCAAGGACUCCUCCCCAGGAGAUGGGAGACAAAGGCUGUCAACAGAAAGCUACAAGCUUCAGUCUGCAAAUAUAAACCCAUAUGCUUCAAAUGUGUUGACUUUAAUUACACCAACUUCCAGGCCCUCAAAGCAGACAACAAAAGGCCAUCUGUCUGGCCCAGCUGAGGGAAAAUCAAAAUCGGCAUCAACAUCAGCUGCAGUUGGCACUUCGAAACAAGUGACCUUUACAACCAUCGCCUCUGACUGGAGCACAGGACCUUCCCUCCCAGACCCUGCUCCAACGGAGGAGAAAUCAGCCCUGACGAUGGCAGCAUUUGGUGUCAUCAGCUUCAUAGUCAUUCUGGUAGUUGUUGUUAUCGUCCUGGCCAGCGUGGUCAGUCUGAGAUUCAAGUGUAACCGUUCCAAAGAUGCAGAAGAUAAACAGAAACCGGGGAGCUCCGUGGUAUCGGAAAGUUGUUCUGCUGCUACAGUCAAGGACAGCAUCACUCUGAUCUCCAUGAAGAACUUAAGCAUGAACAACAGUACGAGUUACCCCUCUUCGGAAAAGGUGUUAUGAAGACAGUGACAUGACGGGAGCCAUGAGGAAACACUACUAGCCAAUCAGCACUGACUUUCUAUUUUGGCAGGGGGCGGCAUUUCCUUUACAAGUUAUUACAUCCUUUCCAAUCAAUAUAUGUACUCUAAAAUCAAGCACAGUAACCCCAUGUGGGUUAUAAGAGUUUUCUCCAGCCAGAGCCAGCCUCUCUCAAUGUUUCAUGUUCUAACUAUAUUUCUGAUAGGCACACAAACUUGCAGUGUGUUCUAGCAGUUCUUUGGGGGAGGAGAGCCAAACAACCUACAACUUCACCAAUGACACAGACCGCUCCCUUAAUGAUCCUUUGGCAUCCAUGCCAGACAAUCAUUGGCUUGCCCCACAGCUGAUCACAAAUGUCCCAGUUCAGCUUUGCACUGAAAGGCAUGAUCCAAAGCCCACUGAAACAAACAGAAAGACUCCCAUUAACUUCAGCAGGCGUAGAUCAGGCCUGAAGUCAAUGGGACUUCAGCAAAUGCUUAAGUGCUUUGCUAAAUUGAGGCAUAAUUGCUAAAAGUCCGUCUCCAUGCCUCAGUUUUUCUAUCUAAAGCAGGAAUGAUAUUUACCUACCUCCCAAGGGUGUUGUGAGGCUACAUCAAUUAAUGCCUGGAAAGCAGUUGGAGAUCCAUGAAUGAAAGCUGCUGUCAAUGUGCAAAGUACUUUUAUUAUAAUUACUAUGAAUUAAACUUCAACCAGUCAGAUCAGGAUGUUCCUAUGUCUACAGUAUGCUCCCUGCAGGGAAUAGCCAUAACCCUUCCUUGAUGGCAAAUGUUGUCUUUGAGUAUAUGAUGCUUCCAACAGGUCUGUGCUCUGAUCCCUUUUGAAUGGGGAGAGCAACAUCUCUCAGAUAAAAGGAUUCAAUAACUUGGAAUAACGGAAGUAAAGUUACUUUAAGAGAAUGCAGCCCUCUCUUUUCUGCUAGUCUUUGGUUCCUAACAGUUCCAACAAGCCACCAUGCUUAAGUUUAUAUCUGCAUUUAAAAUGCUACAGUGGUGCAGCUGCAACUGCUCCACUGUAACACUUCAGUGUAGACAAUAUCUACAACAAUGGAAGGGAUUCCCCUGUCGCUGUAGUUAAUCCACCUCCCUGAGAGGUGGUAGUAAGGUCAAGGGAAGAAUCCUGUCAACCUAGCACUGGCUACAGCUCAACUAGUUUGCUCAGGGGUGUGGGUUUUUCCACACCCCUGAGCAACACAGCUGGGUCAACCUAACUUCAGGGUAGACCCAGCCCUCAGACAGAGAGACCUUGGCACAUAAUCACUAUACACUGGUUGACCUGAACACCAGCCUGGGACAAACAAUUAGCCACAUGUAGUUACAUUUUAGCCCUUUCUUCAGGGCUCUAUUUAUUCUUCAGCACACAAAAAGAAAUGUGGAAUAAUGACACAACCAAGUCCUGUUUCUGACUGAGACUGGCCUCCAGUAGCAAACAGGUCUAAUCUCCUCCAACCUGGGGGUCUGCUUGCUCCUCAGAGCCUUCUGCUGUAGCCACCAGAGAGGAUACACUGAACUCUCUCCUGGGCCCUCAUUGACAUCCCUCAGCUGGGAAUUAGACCCAAUCAUUAGCUGCUGUCCAGCUGGGUCAGCUGAUCUGCAGCACCUGCCUGCUGGGCUUCCCUCCAGAACAGGGCCUGGUGUUCCCUGGCCCAAAAAGCAACACACCAUACCCUUGUUACACUCUCUAUACAACACUUAACAGGAAACAUCAAUGACAUUCUCUGCCUAGGCAUUUAUAUCGUGCUCAUCACUGUGAUGUUUGAGCACUGGUACCUCAGGUUUAAUGCAGACAUUUCUUUGCUAACAUGUCCGUGACUAGACCACCUCCAGAGUUCUGAACUUUCAAAAGCAAAGUGAUGCUGAGCCAGGGUAGUAUGUAGAUUGGAGGUCUCCAAGGAAGAUGAAAAGUGCUGCUGGAAAUUAUAUUGAUGGCUGCUUCUUCCACCUGCAGUCAGUACUGAACACUGAGGUAGCAUGCUGGAGGUGGUGUCCUUUGGGCAAGACAUAGAACAGAGAUCCUAGGACACUGUUUCAUUAACAUUCCUUUUGGUAAUAGCACAGGUGAUCUGUUCAACUUCCCAGCCUCCUGGUAUGGUAGAAUUACAUUAUGCCUACCUCCUACAUUUUCCUCACUUUCAAAGGGAUCUGGGGAUGUUCUACAACCUAAUCCACUGUGAACUGUUAAAGGUGAUAUGCAAAGAACUUUGUAAGUCAGACUUUUGCUCCUUUUUUUUUGGCUCCUGUGUGAUGUAUAUGGAGAGUUGGAUAGGGUUAAUUUCAAAAAUUCUGCUAGUUCACCUUUAAUAACAGGAAUUACUAUUAUUUA